GCCGUAGCCCAGCAUUAAAGUGUGUGGUCUCGGCAAGUCGAACGUAUGACUAAUCCUAUAUAAUACUGUAAAUAUCAUACUGUGAUAUUUUAAAACGCCAAGAGUGUUGAUUUGACUUGUGGGGCAGACGUUUUAAGAUGCCUCGCUAUGCACAACUAGUUAUGGGUCCUGCUGGUAGUGGAAAGAGUACGUAUUGUUCCACAAUGCUGCAGCAUGCGGAGACCAUCAAUCGCUCCGUUCAGGUCGUUAAUCUGGACCCUGCAGCCGAACACUUUAAUUAUCCCGUCAUGGCAGACAUCAGAGAGCUGAUCCAGGUGGAUGAUGUUAUGGAAGACGACACUCUGAGAUUUGGCCCAAAUGGUGGACUAGUCUUCUGCAUGGAGUACUUCGCCAAUAACUUCGACUGGCUGGAAGAGAACCUUGGCCAUGUAGAGGACGACUACAUACUAUUCGACUGCCCAGGACAAAUUGAGCUGUACACACAUCUCCCUGUCAUGAAGCAGCUAGUAGAACACCUGCAGCAGAUGGAGUUCCGAGUUUGUGGGGUCUUCCUUGUCGACUCCCAGUUCAUGGUGGAGACUUUUAAGUUCAUCUCGGGUGUCAUGGCAGCUUUAAGUGCCAUGGUGUCCCUGGAAAUCCCUCAAAUCAAUAUCAUGACCAAGAUGGACCUGUUAAGCCCAAAAUCCAAGAAAGAAAUUGAAAAAUACCUGGAUCCAGACAUGUACUCAAUGAUGGAGGAUAACUCAGUCAUGAUGAGAAGCAAGAAGUUCCAUAAACUCACCGAAGCCAUUUGUGGUCUGAUUGAUGACUACAGUAUGGUGCGUUUUCUACCCUUUGACCGCUCUGAUGAGGAGGGCAUCAGUAUUGUUCUAAAGCACAUCGACUUCUCAAUUCAGUAUGGAGAGGACCUGGAGUUCAAGGAGCCUAAGGAAACAGAUGAAGAUCCUAUCAACACAAAUUAUGAUGAACUCUUUCAAGAUUCCUGAGAAUUAUCUCCUACUGCAUAUGUGGAAACAUGCCUUAAAUAUUUUUUUAUUAUUGUCAUUACUUUUGUGUGUUUGUGUAUAUAUUUAUGUGAGCGGGAGAGGGAGCAGUGUGUGCAUGCAUGCAUGGAAAUAGGCUCCCACAACCUAUGUAAAAACAUUUUUUUUUAAAAAGUAACACAGUAACGAGGGAAAAACCAAGAAACAUGUUUUAUGGUAAUAUUUUUUCAAUAAAAUGUAUCGCAAAAAUG